AUGGGUUUCCUCAAACUGAUUGAGCUCGAGAAUUUUAAGUCCUACAAGGGACAACAAAUCAUAGGACCAUUUCAGAGGUUCACCGCAGCCAUUGGGUCCGAUAAACCCGGCAAGUCAAAUCUCAUGGAUGCCAUCAGCUUUGUGCUGGGUGAAAAGACUAGCAACCUGCACGUAAAGACCCUGUGGGACCUGAUCCAUGGACCUCCUAUAGGAAAGCCAGCUGCCAACCGGGCCUUUGUCAGCAUGGUCUACUCUGAGGAGGGUGCUGAGGACUGCACCUUUGCUCAUGUCAUUGUUGGGGCUUCCUCUGAGUACAAGAUCAGCAACAAAGUAGUUCAACUACAUGAAUACAGUGAAGAAUUAGAGAAGUUGGGCAUUCUCAUCAAAGCUCGUAACUUCCUCGUCUUCCAGGGUGCUGUGGAAUCUAUUGCCAUGAAGAACCCCAAAGAGAGGACAGCUCUAUUUGAAGAGAUCAGUCGCUCUGGGGAGCUGGCCCAGGAAUAUGAUAAGUGAAAGAAGGAAAUGGUGAAGGCUGAAGAGGAUACCCAGUUUAAUUACCAUCGCAAGAAAAACAUUGCAGCUGAACGCAAGGAGGCCAAGCAGGAGAAAAAAGAGGCUGACCGCUACCAGCACUUGAAAGAUAAGGUAGUGCGAGCUCAGGUACAGCUACAGCUCUUUAAGCUUUAUCACAGUGAAGUGGAAAUUGAGAAGCUCAACAAGGAGCUGGCCUCUAAGAACAAGGAGAUCGAGAAGGACAAGAAGUGUAUGGAUAAAGUAGAGGAUGAACUGAAGGAGAAGAAGAAGGAGCUGGGCAAAAUGAUGCGGGAGCAGCAGCAGAUUGAGAAGAAGAUCAAGGAAAAGGACGCAGAGCUGAACCAGAAGUGACCAUAGUACAUCAAAGCCAAUACCUCCCACAAAAUCAAGAAACUGGAAGCAGCCAAGAAGACCCUGCAGAAUGCUCAGAAGCACUACAAGAAGCGUAAAGGCGACAUGGAUGAGCUGGAGAAGGAGAUGCUGUCAGUAGAGAAAGCCCAACAGGAGUUUGAGGAACAGAUGGAAGAGGAGAGUCAGAGUCAAGGCAGAGACUUGACCCUGGAGGAGAAUCAGGUAAAGAAGUACCACCAGUUGAAAGAAGAAGCCAGCAAGAGAGCAGCUACCCUGGCUCAGGAGCUGGAGAAGUUCAGUCGAGACCAGAAAGCUGACCAGGAACGGCUAGAUCUGGAAGAGCGGAAGAAAGUAGAGACAGAGGCCAAGAUCAAGCAAAAGCUGUGGGAGAUUGAAGAGAAUCAGAAGCGGAUUGAGAAACUGGAGGAAUACAUCACCACUAGCAAGCAGUCCCUAGAGGAGCAAAAGAAGUUAGAGGGGGAGCUGGCGGAGGAGGUGGAGAUGGCCAAACAGCGUAUUGAUGAGAUCAAUAAGGAGCUCAAUCAGGUGAUGGAGCAGCUGGGAGAUGCCCGCAUCGACCGCCAGGAGAGCAGCCGCCAACAGCGAAAGGCAGAGAUCACGGAGAGCAUUAAGCGCCUUUACCCUGGCUCUGUGUAUGGCCGCCUCAUUGACCUCUGCCAGCCCACACAAAAGAAGUAUCAGAUUGCUGUAACCAAAGUUUUGGGCAAAAACGUGGAUGCCAUUAUCGUGGACUCGGAGAAGACAGGACGGGACUGUAUUCAGUAUAUCAAGGAGCAGCGUAGGGAGCCUGAGACCUUCUUGCCUCUUGACUACCUGGAGGUGAAACCUACAGAUGAGAAACUUCGGGAGCUGAAGGGGGCCAAGCUAGUGAUUGAUGUGAUUCGCUAUGAGCCACCUCACAUCAAAAAGGCCCUGCAGGACGCUUGUGGCAGUGCCCUCGUCUGUGACAAUGUAGAGGAUGCCCGCCAUAUUGCAUUUGGAGGCCACCAGCGCCACAAGACAGUGGCACUGGAUGGGACCCUAUUCCAGAAGUCAGGAGUGAUCUCUGGUGGGGCCAGCAACCUGAAGGCCAAGGCACGACGCUGGGAUGAGAAAGCAGUAGACAAGUUGAAAGAGAAGAAGGAGUGGUUGACAGAAGAGCUGAAAGAGCAGAUGAAGGCAAAAUGGAAAGAAGCGGAGCUGUGCCAGGUGCAGUCUCAGGCCCAUGGAUUGCAGAUGCGGCUGAAGUACUCACAGAGUGACUUAGAACAGACUAAGACACGUCAUCUAGCCCUGAAUCUGCAGGAAAAGUCCAAGCUGGAGAGUGAGCUGGCCAACUUUGGACCUCGCAUCAAUGAUAUCAAGAGGAUAAUUCAGAGCCGAGAGAGGGAAAUGAAAGACUUAAAAGAGAAGAUGAACCAGGUAGAAGAUGAGGUAUUUGAAGAGUUUUGUCGGGAGAUUCGUGUGCGCAACAUCAGGGAGUUUGAAGAAGAGAAGGUGAAGCGGCAGAAUGAAAUUGCCAAGAAGCAUUUGGAGUUUGAGAAUCAGAAGACUCGCUUGGGCAUCCAGUUGGAUUUUGAAAAGAACCAACUGAAGGAGGACCAAGAUAAAGUACACAUGUGGGAGCAGACAGUGAAAAAGGAUGAGAAUAAGAUAGAAAAGCUCAAGAAGGAGGAGCAAAGGCACAUGAAGAUCAUAGAUGAGACUAUGGCCCAGCUACAAGACCUGAAAAAUCAGCACCUGGCCAAGAAGUCGGAGGUGACUGACAAGAAUCACGAGAUGGAGGAGAUUCGUAAGAAACUGGGGGGCGCCAACAAGGAAAUGACCCAUUUACAGAAGGGGGUGACCACCAUUGAGACCAAGCUUGGACAGAAGCACAGUGACCGCCCUAACCUGCUACAGGCCUGCAAGAUGCAAGACAUCAAGUUGCCACUGUCUAAGGGCACCAUGGACGAUAUUAGUCAGGAAGAGGGUAUCUCCCAGGGGGAGGAUUCAGUGAGUGGUUCCUAGAGAACAUCCAGUAUCUAUGCACGAGAGGCCCUCAUCGAGAUCGACUACGGUGACCUUUGUGAGGAUUUGAAGGAUGCCCAGGCUAAGGAGGAGAUUAAGCAGGAGAUGGACACACUACAGCAGAAACGGAAUGAGCAGCAGAAUGUGCUCCAGCGUAUUGCUGCCCCCAACAUGAAAGCCAUGGAAAAGCUGGAAAGUGUCCAAAACAAGUUCCAGGAAACCUCAGAUGAGUUUGAGGCAGCCCGAAAGCGAGCCAAGAAGGCUAAGCAGGCAUUUGAACAGAUCAAGAAGGAGCGUUUUGACUGCUUCAAUGCUUGUUUUGAAUCUGUGGCCACCAACAUUAAUGAGAUCUAUAAGGCCCUGUCCCGCAACAGCAGUGCCCAGGCAUUCCUGGGCCCUGAGAACCCUGAGGAGCCCUAUUUGGAUGGCAUCAACUACAACUGCGUGGCUCCUGGCAAAUGCUUCCAACCUAUGGACAACUUGUCAGGGGGAGAAAAAACAGUGGCAGCUCUGGCUCUGCUCUUUGCCAUCCACAGCUACAAGCCAGCCCCCUUCUUCGUCCUGGAUUAGAUUGAUGCUGCCCUCUAUAACACCAACGUUGGCAAGGUGGCAAAUUAUAUCAAGGAGCAGUCGACUUGCAACUUCCAGGCCAUCGUCAUCUCUCUCAAGGAGGAGUUCUACACCAAGGCUGAGAGCCUCAUUGGAGUCUAUCCCGAGCAAGGGGACUGUGUGAUCAGCAAAGUCCUGACCUUCGACCUCACCAAGUACCCAGAUGCCAACCCCAACCCCAAUGAGCAGUAGCAUGAGUUCUGCCCUCCUACCUUGUCUGGAUCCCUAAGUUUCCCCUCUCCCAGUCUCUCGCUAUUUGCCUCCCAACCUUCUCCAACCUGCUGGCCCUGUUUGGUAUAGUCAAGGGAUUUAGGCACUGCUGUCAAGCAUGAAGAGGAACAGGUGAUGUUAGCUCUUGAUUCCUAAGCUACAGGGAGCAUCCUGGCCUCUGGAAGGAGCUGAGCUGAACUGAGCUGAACAGGGCCAUUUGUCCACCAGCCUCCCCCACCUCAUUACCCAUAAUCAUGGGUUCCUUGUGCCCCUUGCCCACUGUGUGUGGGGGUAUGUAUGUGUGUAUAUAUGUGUGUAUGCAUGUGUGUAUGUGGGUGUGUUUGCAAACUAACAAAGAUAAUGGAGAUCUGUUUUAGAAAGAGCUUAGGCUGAAUUUAAUUCCAAGAGAGCUUAGGUUAACAGCACCCAAGAGCUGGGCAAAGGUACUCAGGACCUCAUAGGAGUCUUAGGCAGUCACCUGAAACUGCCCUCAUUCAUUCAUUCACUCAUUCAUUCCUGUAUUCAUCAAAUACUUACUUAACACCCACUAUUUGUCAGGCUCUGUGCUACAAAUACAGAUGUGCUCUCUACCCUCCUUGUAAGGUGAUGAAAUGGAUUCAUAAAUUACUGUGGUUAGCUGAAUGUCAUAUAUAUAGGUAAUUUGACUUUUUGAAGUGGAAGAUUCCCUCCAGACUUCCUGGAGGUCACAUUUGAGCUGAACCUUGACAAAUUGGGUAGGAUUUGGUCAGGCACUAGGAGAAGAGCAUGGGCUCUGGGGACAGUUAUGGGUUCUAGUCCCAUUUUUAUCAUGUACUAGUUGUUUGACCUUGGGCAAGUCAGUUGACCUUUCUGUGCCUCAGUUUCCUCAUCUGUAAAAUUAGGCUAAUGAUGUUGUUACCUACCUCAUAGGAUUUAAUGAUGUCAAGCUCCUCACUGGUGGCCUUAUGCCUGCUUGGAGUCUACUAGGUGCCAGCCACUCAGAAUACAAGUUGCCUCAUGUCUGGAUCCCUGUGGGCUUCUGAUCCUGGCUGUUAGGGACAGAAGGGGCCUCCAAAUCUGGGGUGCUCAACAUCCUGGUUGCUGGGAAAAUCCCAGGACACUUGUGGGUUUUACCUGGUACAUGGAGGGCCUAAGGAAUCCUGUAUUUUCAGUCAUGUAUGGUAACCCGGUGCCUGGGCCCCACCUGAGUUGUGAGGAAGUAGGGGAGAGGUAGCCUGGGCCACAUCCCAGCCUAAUGUGAAUUUCCUUUAGGAAACCAACUAUGUUAGUUGUAGGGGCUAUGGAGAGACAGCAAAAUCUGGUGCAAUGAGUUCAGACUUUACUCAUUCGCAUACACUCAGACAUUUGUCCUAAUCUGCAUUUUAUAAAAGUUGAAUCAAUUCUAAUUGCCCAAAUAAUGCAUGAAUUCAUUCUCCUUUCAAGAAAUGAGACUGACAUACAGCUAGCUUCCUUUGACUACCACUUCCAAUCUUUAUCCCUUUCCUCCCACCCACUCUUACCUGCUGUUUUCUUUGUUGUACAUCCAUCUAGCUUUUAAUACUUUUACAUGUAUUUAUGAAUUCAUUGAAAAGACUUGUAUGUGUUUAAUGUAAUUGUUAUAUUGAAUUUUUUCAAUUUACUUUCUUUGCUUAAAAAUGUUUUGAGGUCUGUGCAUGUUGCUAAAUGUAGAUUCAGUUCAUUCUUUGUAAUUGCUGUUUGCCGCAACAUGACUACCACAUUUUACGUACCCAUUUUUUUUGAUGGACAUUAAGACUUGUCAGUUUUAUGCUAUUACAAAGUGCUACCUGGAGCAUCCUUAUGCAUGUGUGUUAAGUGUGUAUGUAAAAGUACAUGUGUGGAAGUUUACCUAGGGUUGAUACCUAGAAUUGGAAUUUGUGGAGACAUAGGAUAUUUACAUUUUCAUUUUUAAUAGAUACUGCCAAAUUGCCCUACUGUACUAUUUGCUCAUUUUUGUUGAGGUCAUCUUGGGUCUAACAUUGUCUAUAUUCCUUAGUUUCAUCCUAAGCAGUGAUAUCCAUGAAAUCACAGGUUUGAUAUGCUAAUUGUGUUUUUCUAAUACAUAUUAAAAGGUAUAACUAUUAAAACAAUUAAAUUUGUCUGUGUUCAACUGGUUUUAAAAAACCACAUACUAUCAGUGGUAUAUAUACUAUACUUUGGGAAAUGCUGAAAUAUUUGGAAGAGCACAAUGUGGGAAUCAGGCCUGAUUCAAAUCCUAGCUGUAGGAACUUGGACAAGUUAUUUCACCUCUAAGCCUCAGUUUCUCUUCUAUAGAAGGAGCCAUUGCUAUUCUCUCCAUUUUACAGAUGAGGAAGCAGGCCCAGAAAGGUUGAUUGAGUCAGCAGAAGUGGUCCAGCUGGCAGAUAACAGCUUGUAGUUGAACCCAGUUCCUCUGAUUCAGUCUACUGCUUUCUUCACUAUAAAGGUGGCUUUCAACCUUGGCUGUGCAUGAGAAUCACUUGUGAAACUCCUUUUCCUUUUUAAAAAUCAAAGUAAUGUAUUCACAGGAUUAAAAAGAAAAGUACAGAAGGGCUUAUAAUGAAAAGUAGCAGUGCCCUGCCACACCCCCACAUCUAAAGGAUGUGCAGCUUUUAAAUAAUUCCUCUGGUCCUGCCUCUAGAAAUCUGAUUCAGUGGGUAUGGAUAAUAACCUGGAUUAACUAAUCCCUACAGGGUAGAAAGGAUUACAUGAGAUGCCUUGGGCUAAGGCACUGGCACACAGGAACAAAAAGUGCUACAGAGAAGCCUAGAGAAUUUAAGAGGAUCAGGGAGGUGAGAUGACUUGUCCAAGAUUCCAGUGGUUUGGUGGCAGAGCCUAGACUUAACCUCAGAUCUCUUUAGUGCUUGGCCUAGGACUCUUUGCCAUGUUCCACACUGCCUCCUAUCAUCUCAAGGCAACAUGGUGCUCAGGAGGACAGACACUGCUGUGUGUUUCCAAAAGCAAGCUGGAUGCGAGUAGAAUCUCUAGGACUUCUUGGAAGACGCUCAGUUGACCCAUUGUGGACACUGUAGCAUUGGUCUAGGGAGUUGAGUACUCCACAACAGUAUCUACCUUUAAUUGAGCACUUUACUCUCUGGUUGUUGUCACAAUGUUGCAAGUCUAGGAACAAAGAGAUGAGUCAAGUCUUUAUCCUGCUUUUAAGGAACUCACAGUUGAGUUAAGGAGAAAAUUCAUAGUUGAUGACAUCACAGGGAGGCAUACAGUGUGAUCAACAGUAUGACAGGAGCACAGAAAAAGGUAGAGAUUCAGGGAAGGCAGCCUCUACACUAGGGGGUGAUCUGAAUUUAGGAGGACUGUUAGGAAUUGGCCUAAGUGAAGAGAGUGGAAGGAAUUUCCACGUGGUGGAAACAGUAUGAACAAAGGCCUGAAGGCAAGAAACUGUGAAUUCUGGAAAUAACAAAGCAUAGUUUGCAGGGUGAGGAAGAGAGCAGCCAGAAAUGAAGAUGGACAGGUAGUCAAGAACCAGAUUUGUAUAGGGAUUUAGUCUUUGGCUAAGGAAUUCCUGUUACUUUGUGGGACAACAUGGUUCCCAUACUGGCUAAACACAGGAAACAUGGGGCAUCCCGGGUCCCAACCUCUAAAAAUUCGGUUUCAGUAAGUCUGGGGCAGGGCUUCAGAAUCUUGAGUGCUUAUAAAGUUUACCACAUGACUAGGGAGCAGCCAGGUUUGGGAACUUUUGCUUAAAAGCAAUGUGGGAACCAUGGUUUUUAAGCUGGGGAGAGUUUAGAUCAGAUCUGAAUUAAAUGAACUUCUUUCUGACCAACCAGUGUGGAAUGGAUUGGAUUAGAUGCUCAUGCUGUGUGUUGCCAUGUCUGUAGUUUCCCUGUUACUCAACUUCUCAUACUGUGUUUAUUGUUUGCUUAUUUUGUCUGUCUGAAUAAGGUGCAUCUUGCUAAGUGGAACAGUAUCCAACACAUAACAGGCACCUGAUAGCUUUUGAAUGAGUGAAUGUAUGAAUGAAUGCAUUUGUGAAGGAGAGAAUGAAAACAAAGGUUAGUUAGGAAAUUACUGCAAAAGACCAGGAGGCCUGCAAGGGGGAGGGCAGUAGGAAUGAAUAGGAGGUGAGAAGGUGCAAGCUGUUAAGGAAAGGUGAUGAACUGUACUUGGUGACUGAUUAUUGGAUGCGGAAGGGUGACUGAGAAUAGAAUGAAUAUCCAUUAAUGUCCAGAAUUUGUACCCUCUCAAUCUUUCUCCUUCCUUGUACAUCUCUGAAUUAGAAUGAGCCUCCUCAGCAACUGGAAUUUCUCCCUCAAGUUGAACAUUCUCUGUGUGCUCCUCCCUCCCCCCCAGCCAUUGAUUCAUUCACCCAGUUCAAUAAAUCUUAGCUAAGCACCUCCUGUGUGCAGAGAGGCUCUUCCAAGCCAGUAUUCCACCUCCCUCUUUCCUACCUCAAGAGAUGUUUUUGAGGGCUUUCCCGGGUAAGACUCAUUAUCCCUUAUACAAUAACAAAAAGAUGUCCGAAAUGUCAGGCUGUAAGGGAACUUAGAAACUGUCCAUCCCCCUCCUGAUGUCCUCAGAGGGUAAGGAACAUUGGGAAGUGGUGAAGCCAGAACUUUCCACAUCACCUCUAGAGCCCUGGUCCAUCCCAUCGCAGAUCAAGACAGGUGGAGGUGGUCAGGGAGAAGAUAGGACUUAAGUGGAGCUGUGAAGCUCAAUGUAUUGGACAGGCCAAACAAGAUGCUUGCCAAUUACACUGCUCCCUUCUGGAAACCCUCAGCAAACCUGCUAUGCCCACAGUCCCUUCUAAGAGGUUUUUUAAGCAUAAGUUGCCAUGCUUUUUAUCAUGUGACCUCGUAGUCCUGGCCACAGGUGAUUAGAUUGGGAUAAUAUCUCACUCCAGGACAGCUGAAGUCUGGGCUGGCCAGCUGCCUGUUCGGUGGCCUGGUGUAAGAACUCUACCUCAUAGGGAUGGCCUGUAUCGAAUGGCAAAAGCAUGAAGCAGUCAGAUCCCCUUUCAGGAGGCCAAAUGAAUGACAUUCAGAGAAAGCAAACAAUCCGAAUUUAGUGAGGCAGAAGUGUAGAUGAGAGGUGGCCAGAAACUAAAGAGAAAGCUGCGAAAACUGUGUCAGUAUACAUCAUGAGAUAUUUGUAUCAUCAGAUUGUGGGGACAGACACAGGUAGCAGAAGCCAUGAAGCAGCAAGAUAGUAAGGGGCAAAGGACACAAAGCCUUGAAGCAACAGGAGCCAUGUUGUAGCAUCAGCCAUGAGGGCACAGAAACCGUAAGUCACAACCAUGAAUACGUGAAAUCCACGAAACAGCGAAAGGCCUGAACAAGAUACGUGAAGCAAGAGACGCCAUGGGUCUUUUGGAGCCACAGAUAGCUGGAACCAAAUGGCAGCAAGAUCACAAGAAUCUAAGUGGCAGCAGGAGUUACAAGGCAAGCAAAAGCUACAACACAGAGAGGCCCUGGAUUAUGGGAACUGAAACCACAAGAGCCAUGAAGCUGCUGGAGCCAGGAUGCUUAGAAGAUGUGGGGCAGCAAAAGCCAUGGACUAACGAGGAGGGGAGCAGAAAGAAAUUAGUUGGUAGCAGUAGUAGUAGUAGAAGUAGAACCAGAAAGUAGUUGAGUCACCAUUUUGGGAAGCACUAGAGAAGGGAGCAACAGAUGCCUGCAGCUGAGGGAGUGACAAAAUAAGCCAGGCUCUAGAACUGCUUUUGAUCUGAACCAUUUUCAAGUUUCUGUUCUUGUGUGAGGCUGCCUGGGUAGCUGUUCUUGUCUUCCUUAUUUCCCUGUGAAUACUUUAAUAAAACUCCGUUAAUAACCAGA